AUGCGACGUUUGCAGUGUGUUGAACCCAGCGCGCACACAGCGACGUCGCGACGCCGGCGGCCUAAAGGCAAGAGACCCCAGCCCGUCUUGGGCUGCUUGAUUCAGGCAUUGGAGCACUUGCUGCCAUCAUGGAAAGCUGACAAAACCAUCGUUCUCACGGCCAUCAAGCAGAGCCCCCGAGCUAUCCGUCAUGCGUCUGAUUCACUCAGAUCGCAAAAAGACUUCUUGAUCGAAGCCAUCAGCUGCAGCAAAGGCUUGGCUUUGCAGUCGCUGAGUCAAGACCGAAUACAAGAUCGAGAGCUACAACAAGCUGCUGUGAGCGCAAACUGGAUGAUGCUGGGGUGGCUACGCAAGCAGGCCCCAAGCCUAA